GAGGAGCAACAUGGCCGCCAUGCAGCUGCCGCGGGUGUUGGUACAUGAGCGGAUCCGCGCUGCCGCUGAAGACUUCCUGCUGCAGGUGGAGGAAGGAGGAGGAAAGGCUCGAGUCCCGGAGCUGAGAGCGAUGCUCACCGAGCGGCUCGCGGCGGCGGAAGAGCAGAUCCUCGCGGGACUUGAGGAAACCUUGUUAGAGUCCGAGGAGCGAGUGGAGCGGACCGAGCUGGAGAUCUGCCGCCAGAGGAGGCUGCUCGAUGCCGUGAUGCAGCCCGUAGUCCGGCUGCACAGAGCAGUGUGUCCUGCAGAUGUCCAGCAACUGAUGGUGAUUAAAGAAGAGGUUCCCUCUGAGCAGCAGCAGUGGUGCCCCCUUGUGGACCAAAAGGACCCAGAGCCCCCCCAAAUUAAAGAGGAACAGGAGGAUCCGUGGACCAAUCAGGAUGGACAGCAGCUUCAAGGACUGGAGGAGGCUGAUAUCAAUUUCACAUUGACUGCUGUCGCUGUGAAGAGUGAAGAAGAUGAAGAGAAACUUAAAUCGUCAAAGCUUCAUCCGAGUGAGACGAAGGAGAACAGAGCGGACUGUGGAGGACCAGAACCAGUCUGGAACUCAGGUCCUGAUGGACGUUUACAACCAGGUCCUGAGGACAAGACUGAAGACUCUUCUGAGACUGAAGUCAGUGAGGAUGAUUGGAUGGAGACCAGGGAAACUCAGACUGGUUUAAAUACAAGAAACAACAAACAGCCUCUAAAUUAUAUGGGAUGUAAGACAGAAAAAAAAAUGUUUAGUUGCACUGAGUGUGCUAAAAGAUUUAACCAUAGGGGCCAUCUAAAUGCACAUAUAAGGAGCCAUACAGGAGAGAAACCGUUUAGUUGCACUGAGUGUGGCAAAAGAUUUACCCAAAGUUCAAAUCUAAAUGCACAUAUGAGGAUUCAUACAGGUGAGAAACCGUUUAGUUGCACUGAGUGUGGUAAAACAUUUAACCAUAGAUCACAUCUAAAUGCACAUAUGAGGAUUCAUACAGGAGACAAACCGUUUAGUUGCUCUGAGUGUGGUAAAAGAUUUAUCAAACGGGGCGAUCUAAAUAAACAUAUGAGGAUUCAUACAGGAGAGAAACCGUUUAGUUGCCCUGAGUGUGGCAGAAAAUGUUCCGAAAGGGGCAGUCUAAAUAAACAUAUGAUGAUUCAUACAGGAGAGAAACCGUUUAGUUGCUCUGAGUGUGGCAAAAGAUUUAACCACAGGUCAAAUCUAAGUAAACAUAUGAGGAUUCAUACAAUAGAGAAACAGUUAAGUUUCUCUGAGUGUGGUUAAAGAUUUAAAGGAGACAUUAUAUGCCCAUUUUACCACAGUUUAUAUUGUUCAUCGGGGUCUUAAUGAAAUGAAUAACAUAUUUUGGUCAAAAUACCACAAGGGUCAUUUAAAACAGCACCCUUUUUACCCUGUCUAAAACAGCCCUCCUCAAUUUGACCUGUUUUGAGUGCCCCGCUCACCCCCCUCAACCCCCUCCUCCCUCCUUCACGAGAUACAAGCCCCCAGAUUUUUAGCUAUCCAUUACCUCUGUAGAAAUACGGCUACUGGAGACAAAGAUACAACCUUGCAACCAUAUCGUUUUGAACCAGGGUGAGGUGGGCCGAAGCCUGGCUCUGGGGAGAGACGGGACCGCGAGCUGACCGGCGGGCCGUUCCGCGAGCUGGCCGGGCCGUUGGAGCCGAGCCGUGUAGUGUGACUAUGACGUGUGUUCUGGUCGUAAUCCCAUUCGACGCCAUCUAGCGUAUUGUUUUUUUUCCAGAGGAACCACAACAAAUCGCGGAAGAUAUUUUUUUUCAGAGUUUUUGGACGGUAGACAUGCUAGAGACCCAAAUUAACGUGUAGAAGCACUACAAAAGUGGAAUUUUCAUAAUAUGUCCCCUUUAAGAUUCAGUCCCAUCGUACGAGACAUGUGAGGAUUAAUAAAAGAGAGAAGUGAUUCAGUGGCAACUUUUGCAACAAAAGAUUUAUUAGGACAUAUCAGCAGAUAUUCAUAUAAUACAUAUUCAUAGUUCACUGGUUUAAGUAGACUAUUACCAGUUUUAUGUCCCUAGAAAAUAUAACUCAUUGAAUAACAGGAAAGAUUUGUGCUUAAAUAUCUUGUUUCUACUGAUUUCUACAUAAUUUAUCUAUUUUUCAUAAAGUCCUUCAUGUCAUGUUAAGGUUAAAGUGUGUUCCUUGCACCGUAUGAAUGUGUUCUUACCUAGUUCAUAUGAUUAAAUAUGUUUGUUUUAAGACAAUGGUUUCUUGGUUCGUGAGAUUCAAUGACAGUGUGUGUUCUCCUUUAUGUAUUGAAUGUGUUUCCAAGAAUAAAAGUCUAAUAAAAAGUGCAGUCCUAGAAAAGGUCUGCAGUCCUUGAAAUUGUAGAAAUUGUAAUUUGAGUGUUUAAUUGUUGUUUCCAUUCCAUUUUGAAGUUGAUCUGAUGUAAGCCCUGGUACAAGUACCUCAAAGUAAAAAUGUGGAAAAUGGCCACUAAAUGCAAAACGUUUUUCAUAAUUCCCCUUGAGACUUUUUUGUUUGUCUGGUCAUGAUAGAUCGGUGUGACAAAUGUGAAUGCGUUCCGGGGGUCUCGUAUUUGAUUUUUUGUUUGCAAAAGUUUGAUAUAAGAAUGUACUUGGUUCUGUCUAGUGUGUUUUGUUAGGCACAGCUUCAAGAAGAGUAAAGCUCAACACAGUGUACCUUUUCCAGUGCCUUUGUUGAUGAAACAAUUUGUUCCCUUAAUUUGUAAUUGCAACUCUAGGAGAAUGAUAAUGAUGAAUCUCAUCUAUGAAAAGAAACUGAGCAAUGGUGGUGUCUGUUUAACUGACUUAUGUAUCAUUGGUGACAUUAGGUUUGAUUGUCUUAUUUAUUUCAAUGAUUUUCUGGGAUUAAUAAUAAACA